GGGUGGGCGAGGCGGGAACUGUUCGGCCGUUUCCGGGCUGGCAGCAGGGGUGCUGCCGCGUGUGCGCCGCGAUGCCCAUGUACAAGGAAGAGGUGGACCCAUCACUUCAAGCACUUGAAUCCCGCCAAGAAGAGAUAUUAAAACGCUUAUAUGAACUUAAAAGUGCUGUUGAUGGGCUCUCAAAGAUGAUACAAACACCAGAUGCUGACUUUGAUGUAACAAAUAUUAUCCAAGCUGAUGAAUAUUCUCCUUUGACAGCAAAUGCAGCAGAUCUGGAUUCAAUGCUUGGGAAGGGUUAUGGUGCUCUGAAAGAUAUUGUGAUCAAUGCAAACCCUUCUCUACCUCCAUUGUCACUACUAGUACUGCACAGCUUGCUGUGUGAACACUAUAAAAUAUUGUCAGCUGUUCAUACACAUUCAUCGGUAAAGUCAGUACCAGAAAACCUUUUGAAAUGCUUUGGUGAGCAGACUAAAAAACAGUCGCGUCAUGAAUACCAGUUUGGAUUUACUCUCAUUUGGAAGGAUGUUCCAAAACCCCAAAUGAAGUUUAGUAUUCAAACCAUGUGUCCUAUAGAAGGAGAAGGGAACAUUGCUAGAUUUCUGUUCUCCUUAUUUGGCCAGAAAUACAAUGCAGUCACUUCAACUCUAAUAGACAGCUGGGUGGAUACAGCCAUCUUCCAGCUGAAAGAAGGAAGCAGUAAAGAAAAAGCAGCAGUCUUGCGCUCCAUGAAUGCCAGCCUUGGUAAAACACCCUGGCUGGUGGGAAGUGAACUCACUGUAGCAGAUAUUGUGGCAUGGUGUGCACUUCAGCAGACGGGUAGCUCCAAUGCUGUUCCAGUUAAUGUGCAUAAGUGGAUGAAAUCAUGUGAGAAUCUGGCACCUUUUAACUCUGUUCUUAGACUAUUGAAGUAACUGUACAUUCUUCAUAGGAGGGAAGUGUAAUUUUAAUUUUAUUCCACUUCAUGCCUGCUGGGAUGGUCUUCCUUGAAAUGUACUUGAUAAAUAAACAGUGGACUGAAUUUUCUCAUUAUUACUUGUAAAGUCUAAUAUCAAUAAAGUCCUCAGAGUUGC